AUGCCCAAAAGUCGGUUCAACUUGGAUGCAUGGUAUCAUCCUGAUGGCAGCAGACCAGGAAGUGUACAUACACGUGGAGGAUACUUCUUGAGCCACGAUGAACAUCUGCGCCAGUUCGACCCCUCGUUCUUCGGGAUUUCCCCUCUAGAGGCAGCUUCCAUGGAUCCACAACAACGUAAGCUUCUCGAGGUUGUCUAUGAGAGCUUUGAGAACGGCGGAGCUACUCUUGAGCAAGUUUCUGGUUCAAAGACAUCCUGCUUUAUUGGUUGCUUCACUAAUGAUAUGCAUCGAAUGACUUCCAGAGAUCUCGAAUAUGGAGCACCUUACGGGAUGACUGGUAGCGACAUGACUCUCUUGAGUAAUCGAAUCAACUACGUCUUCAACAUGAAGGGACCAAGCAUGACAGUCGAUACAGCUUGCUCGUCCUCACUAUACGCCCUUCACCUUGCCUGUCAAAGUCUGAUUUCGGGGGAUUCAGAUGCAGCAGUUGUAGGCGGCUCAAACGUCAUAAACGAUAUUGAGCAGCACAUCGCGAGUGUAAGACUUGGAGUCUUAUCUCCGACGUCAACUUGCCACACUUUCGAUGAGCGAGCAGAUGGCUUUGGUCGAGGUGAAGGUAUAUGUGCUCUUUAUGUCAAGAGACUCUCAGCGGCCAUUGCCAAUAAUGACCCGAUUCGCGCCAUCAUUCGAGCUACUGCUGUGAACAGUAACGGAAAAAGCCAGGGCAUCAACCAUCCUAGCUCAAAGGGUCAAGAGGCCGUCAUCAGGGAAGCAUAUGCCAAAGCGAAUCUCGGAUAUGAAGACACUGGUUACUUCGAAUGCCAUGGUACCGGUACGCUUGUAGGCGACCCUAUUGAGGUCCAAUCGGCUGGAGAUGUUUUUGCCUCUGGCAGGACCCCACAGAACCCUCUCCUCCUGAGUUCCAUCAAGACCAAUAUAGGCCACACCGAAGGCGCGAGUGGACUUGCAAGCGUUAUCAAGGCGGUAUUGAGCAUCGAGAAAAAUCUCAUACCAGCAACGGUGGGGGUAAACAAGCUCAAUCCAGCUAUCGACUUCAGAGGCGGCUGUCUCGAGGUUGUCAGAGCCACUAGGCCAUGGCCCGAAGGACUAUUGAAAAGAGUAAGUAUCAACUCGUUCGGAUAUGGAGGCGCGAAUGCACACUGUAUCGUGGAGUCACCCGACAUACUGCUUGAGCCUAGCCAUGGCUACGAGGCCGCACGAUCUGCCUCAACCGGGAUUCAUAAAAGCUCGUCAGCCUGUCAGACGGCCGAUACUUCUGCCUUCCAGAUUUAUCAAACUCCCAAAAAGUACCUGUUCGCAUUCUCGGCUCAUGACCAGAUCGCCCUCGACAAGAGUACCAACGCACUGGCAGUCGUGGCUGACAAGUACUCUGCGACCGACAUUGCGUAUACUUUGUCUGCAAAAAGGACAAAACAUCGUUGUACAGCAUUCACAACUGUCACCGAACCAGAUUUGAAGUCUCAACUCGUGCCAGAGCGUAUAAAGCAUGGUUCUCAAGUGGUUGCUGCAGAUCCGAUCGUUGCAUUCGUUUUCACCGGACAGGGUGCGCAAUGGCCAACUAUGGGUUAUGGACUGGUUCAACAGUAUCCGAUCGUACGCGAAACCAUGGCAAUUCUCCAGUCUGCGCUAGACGCACUUCCAGUACCACCGACAUGGCGACUAGUCGAAGAGCUGUCUAAGCCUGCAGAACAUAGUCGUAUGCAUGAGACAGCUCUAGCUCAACCCUUGAGUACAGCUCUGCAGAUCGCUCUCGCAGUACUCCUGCAGUCUUGGGGUAUCCAAGCCGAAUGUGUUGUUGGUCACAGUUCAGGCGAAGUCGCGGCAGCUUUUGCUGCAGGUCUACUCACAAGUGCUGAAGCCAUUGCAGUUGCUUAUUAUCGCGGUAUAGCAGUCACCAAGCAUGGCAAGCCAGGAGCCAUGAUGGCUGUGGGCUUGGGAUCAGACGAAGUAUUCCCUUACAUCAAGAAUCAGCCUGAUGUCGUUGUUGCUUGUCAGAACUCUCCUCAGAAUGUUACUCUUAGCGGUGGGGCAGCCGCGAUUGCUGAAGUUCAUGCAUGCCUCUCCCAGGCAAGGGUUUUCUCUCGUAUUCUGAAUACCUCGCAGAAUGCUUAUCAUUCGCAUUUCGUCAAAGAAGCUGGCCAAUGUUACGAAGACUCGUUCAGGUCCUCGCUUGCGGCAUCGACAUCCAUAGCCGGAACCACCAGCAUUCCUAUGUAUUCCUGCAUAAACGGAGAAGUCCUCGACAGCCCAAGCAAGGUGCGGAUCGAGUAUUGGAGAAAGAAUCUAGAGAAUCCCGUAAAUUUCACGCAGGCUUUGUCAACCAUGCUGAAGGCACAACCAAAUGUCAAUUGCUUGAUCGAAGUGGGAAUGCAUAGCGCACUGGCAGGCCCCAUCAAACAGAUUCGAUCGUCUUUAGGCAUCAAGCCAGGGGAUCUUUGUUACUUACCAAGCAUCAUACGAGGUGGAGACAACGUUGAGAAUGUCCUUGAUCUUGCUGGAGUACUGUGGACUGCUGAUCAUCCGAUCGAUUUAACGGCUGUCAAUGGAGUAGGUAGCUUCUUGCCGAAAUUACCAGCCUACCAAUGGAACUAUGAGGGGGACCUCUUGUGGUCAGAAAGUCGUUUGAGCCGUCGACUACGACUUCGUAAACAUGCACGCCAUGAUCUGCUAGGCACUUUGGUGGUAUCAUCAUCUGCAAACAACCCGACUUGGCGAAAUAGACUCAAGAUCAAGAAUGUUCCAUGGCUCGCUGACCAUCAGAUCGGGCAGGACGUAAUCUUCCCGGCAGCUGGGUAUUGUGCUAUGGCGGUUGAAGCGGUGACCCAAUUCGCAGAGUCUUCUCAGACAGCGGCUGCCGGCUACACAAUUCGAACUCUAUCGAUCAAGGCACCUCUUGUCAUUGCACCAGAUGAGGAGGCUGAAACUCUAUUUGGCCUUCACUCCGUGCACGCCUCCAACCCACGAGGCAAUCAAAGAACGUUCGAGUUCAGCUUGAGCUCAGUCACUGCGGAAGAUAGUUGGACGGAACACGCUUCAGGCAGGAUCGUAAUUCAGGAUGCAAAUGAUAUGCCAAGCAUCCAAAAUAGUUUCAGUAAUGGUGAGACUUCGGUGAGAAUGAGCGAUGAUUUAUGGUACACAGCCCUUGCCAAAAUCGGGCUGCAAUAUGGACCGACUUUUCGACCGUUGACAAAUAUCCGAAGCACUGAGAAGGAAACUGCGACUGCGUCAAUUGACCUGCAACCGACCAAAGACGUUAUGAUUAGCGAAUCUCGCUACGCUAUCCACCCUACUUCUCUUGAUGCCUGUAUCCAACUUGCAGUCAUCGCAGCAUGUAAAGGCGAUGUGGCGAGUAUCACGAAAGCAUACCUACCAACGACGAUUGAGAAUUUGACGAUCUGGCAAACCGCUGAUUUGCCUCUACCAGCUCGAGGUCUCCUCUCCAGUCAUGGUGCUUGUCAUGGCAUGCGGGCCGUCCAUGGCUCGUCAGAGCUUGUCACUCUGGAAGGUCAUCCACUAGCGCAGAUGACAGUAUCCUUGCUCUCAUUGGACGGGNGGUUUGCUGACCAGAAAAUUGAACAAGCUCGUGAACCGUUCACGCGGCUUGUCUGGCAACCAAUCUCGAACCAUUUCGAAGAACAAGCUUCACCCACCCAUUCCACAGAUCUGGCUAAUGAUAUCCUUGCACACGCAACAAAACUCUGGCUGGUGCACAAAGACUCUCCUCAUUCUCUGGCCAAACAAAUUGAGAUAUGUGCGAGGGGCUCGGAUGUCGAUGUCCAAAGUAUCCCUCUUUCAGCUGUACACACUCAUUUGUCUAAAGGCUCUCGAAUCCUGAUGCUGGCUGAACUCGAGAGUCCGAUGCUCCUCAACAUGACCAGCAAAGAAAUGGAUGCGGUGAAGAAAAUGUUUGGUUUGGCUUCCUCUGUCUUAUGGAUCACUCCUGGUGGUCUACUCAAAGGCAAGAAGCCGGCAUACUCUUUGUUCUCGGGCAUGAUCAAGUCCAUUACGAAAGCGCGGCCCUCUCUUCGAUUAUCGAACAUUGAUGUUGAUCCUGAGGAAAAUGAUGACCUAGAAUUACACAUGGCCAAACUGAUCCUGCAGUAUGAACUCAGCCUCUGUAACGAUGAAGACCGCGUUCUUGAUGAUCAACUCGUCUUUGCUGACGGUCGCUUAUACGUAAGCCGUUACAUGCCUGACGAAUACGCAAACCACGAUUUUUCACGUCAACUCAGGCCUGACCCAAAGCCAUGCCAGAUGAAGGACAAUCUGGAAUUAUCUUUCGAGCAAGUCGGUCACAUGGAAAGCUUCUACUUCAAAGAGAAGCAUGUGGCACCAUUUCUGGGAUUCAAUGAAGUGCAGCUGAGACCAAUAGCUUACGCACUCGGCCAACGUGAGGCCGCCAUCCUCAGGGGUACACAAGUCGGCUCUCACUUCAGCAACAUGUGUGUUGCCUUGGUAGAACAUCUUGGAUAUCAAGCCAAGAAGUUCAAACCGGGCGACCGCGUGGUUUGCUGUUGUCCGGGCAGAUUCGACAGUUCAUUGAUUGUAAGCGAGAGCCAAUGUGAGUUGCUGGGACCGGGAGAAGGUACUGAAGAUGUAUUUGCUUCAUUGUUACCUUAUUGUGCAGCCAUCCACGCUCUCCGAACUGUCCUAGAAGGACAAACAAUACUGAUCCACGAGGUACCGGAACCUCUAGCAAUCGCAGCGACACGCUAUUCACAAGCAUACGGUUUCAAAGUCAUUCUGUCACAUGAAUCUGAAGAAGAUAUAACAUUGUUCAUGGCGAGGUAUCCAGACAUCAGCAACCAUGCGCAAUGUAUGACAAACUCGGGGAUGGCGACCAAAUUGUCAACUCUAACAGCAAAACAAGGUGUCGAUCUAGCAUUGAUACAUCCANAAAGCUCAAUGCAAUCAGAGAUUUGGCGAUCUCUGGCGAAAAAUGGCUGUCUCAUGUACAUCUUGGAAGACUCAGAGAUGCCUAAUCUUGGCUUGUUGGAUCCCUCGGUCUUUGCGAGAGGUGUGUCGGUCAGCUCCUUCGAUGUCUACGACAUUCUUGCAACCCAACCAGAUGAGAUGAAUGUGCUUGUCCAAUCAGUCUUGAACCUACUGCGAGAUAGUACGCUUCCGAAAUUUGCGCCUGCUGCGACUUAUGACGUGUCGGAUCUGUCAGCUGCAAUUGCUGGAAUAUUCCAAAGCAAAACAGCUACUAACUUUGCUCUUACGUAUAACCGUCAGAGUGUGGUUCCUAUUCAUGUGCCUUAUGACCAAGUCUCGUUCAGCUCGGAGUCGUCGUACCUGCUUGUUGGGUGUCUUGGUGGGUUGGGUCGAAGUCUUGUCCGGUGGAUGUUGUCUCGAGGUGCAAGGCACUUUGUCUUCCUCUCAAGAUCGGGAGCAGACAAAUCCGAAGCAGCGGAGUUUAUCAGCGAGAUCGAAACCCUCGGAGGAAAGCCGAUCGUUGUCAAAGGUGACGUGAGCAUCCGCUCGGACGUGGACAACGCUAUCGAGCAAGCAAAAACACCAGUAAGAGGAGUAAUGCAACUGGCAAUGGCACUGACAGUAAGUACUAUUUGCUUGUUUGUCAUCACAAUCACUAACCAUCUAUUUCAGAGCGAUCUCUUUGAAAACAUGUCACUAGAAGACUGGCACCAAGUGUUGGCUCCAAAAGUGCAAGGCACGAUCAAUCUGCACGAAGCAUUACUGCACGAACCACUCGACUUCUUCGUAAUGACUAGCUCAACCUUGGGAGUUGCCGGAGCCUCAACCCAAAGCAACUAUGCUGCUGCAAACGCCUUCUUGGACUCUAUGGCAAGACAUCGCUGGAGCUUGGGUCUGGAAGCAUGUUCCAUCGCCCUCGGUAUGGUCAUUGGAGUCGGACACAUGGAAUCUCAUCCCGAUGUCAAAGCAGCUUUCCAGCAAAGAAACGUCUACGGCAUCCCUGAAGACGAGUUUUUGAAGAUGAUGGAGACGGCGUGUAGACCUCGGGGCAGCGUUCCACCUAUUUCUGAGCAUGAUCUCCUGAGUGUUGCACACAUGAUCACUGGUAUGGAGCCCAGCAAGAUUGCGAACUCUGGCAUGCAAGCCUCAUGGCUUGCCGAUCCACGUUUCCAAAUUGUCGCUGCCGCAAUUGCGAAGACUGGCAAGACAAGUCCCACGUCUGCGGACUCUGCAACAAGCACGACCGCCGCCCUUCGCGCCGCUAUCGCCUCCAACGAUGACUCUUCAAUUCGCUCGACUCUUCAGUCGCUCGUUCUCUCCCAUUUCUCCAAGCUCAUCAUGGCGCCGAUGGACAAAUUGACUGCUUCCUCAAAUCGGCCCAUGUCAGAGUUUGGCAUGGACAGUAUGAUUGUCGCAGAUCUUCGGAGUUGGGCGUGGAGGGAGUUGAAAGUUGACUUGCCGUUCAUGGUGCUCUUGGAGGGAAGCUUGACACUUGAUGGACUUGUGGAGAUGGUAUGGACGAAGAUGGAUUGGGACGCCUGGAAGGUGGAUGCAUAG